AGAAUCACUGACAUCAUCACAGUCCCAGUAGCAGAAAUGCUACAAGAGGAGGAAGGAGAGCAGCCGGGGUUUGGAGGGUGCCUCGUGCUGGGUCGGGCGCUGGCGGAGCGACGGCUGCCGUGCUGUGCUUGUGCCCGCGCUGGAGGCGUGCGCAGGCUGCGGACCUCCGUGGGACUCCCACGUGCUCCAGAUAUAUUUGACAGUGACUGGUACACCUCUCGCAGUCUCAUUGGAGGAGCUGAUAUUAUUGUGAUUAAAUACUCCGUCAAUGACAAGACUUCAUUUCAAGAAUUAAAGGACAGUUAUGUCCCAAUGAUAAAAAAAGCAUUAAGCCACUGUUCAGUUCCAGUAAUAAUUUCUGCUAUUGGUGCAAGAAAAAACGGAGUGCCUUGCACUUGCCCCCUGUGCACUUCGGACAGGAGGAGCUGUGUCACCACCUCCGAGGGAGUUCAGCUGGCCAAGGAACUAGGAGCCACUUACCUCGAACUGCACACUCUUAAUGACUUCUACAUACAGAAGUACUUUGGAGGCAUGCUGGAGUAUUUCAUGAUCCAAAGUUUGAAUCAGAAGUCAUCUGAAAAAAUGAAGAAAAGGAAAAAGACGCAGAAGUGCCAUCGAGUUCAACCACCUCAGCUUGAACAGCCAGAAAAAAUGCCGAUCUUAAAGGGCGAAGCCUCGCACUACGACGCGGACCUGCACAACCUGCUCUGCUGCUGCCAGUGUGCGGACGUGGCGUUUUGCCCCGAGGACCUCAGCACGGUGGUGGAGGCUCACAAGAUCAUCCUCUGCUCCGUCAGCCACCUCUUCAUGCUCCUUUUCGAGGUGAAGAGCCCCGCCGACAUCCACGAUGCCUCCAUCGUGCGGACGGCACGCAGCCUCUUCGCGGUGGAGGCGGGGGCCGCCUUCCCCCCGGCCCCCCGCGGCGUCCCACCCUGCGUCCCGCCGGUGAGGGUGGUGGUGAAGGACUCCGUCUUCUGCUCUUGCCUGCCAGACAUCCUCCACUUCAUUUAUUCAG